UUGAAGGGUGAUCAAGUGUGUCAUGAAGUUAAUUUGUGGGUUGAGAAAGAGACGAAUGGCCUUAUCACAAAGCUUCUUCAUCCUAGUAUGGUAAGCAAAUUACCCACAGGGCUUGUCUUUGCAAAUGCAAUGUGCUUCAAAGGUGUGUGGAAACACAAGUUUAUGGAUACAGCUUUCCAGCAUAGUUUUCACCUCUUCAAUGGCACCAAAGUCAUUGCUCCCUUCAUGGAUAGCAAGCAGAGGGAGCACUUUAUUGGUAUUUUUGAUGGUUUCAAAGUCCUCCGUCUUUCUUAUAGACAAGGCAGGGAUAAAACUCGUCGGUUCUCCAUGUAUAUUUUCCUUCCAGAUGCAAAAGAUGGACUUUUGGCAUUAAUUGAAAAGCUAGCUUCAGAAUCUGAUUUUUUGAAAGACAAGUUUCCUCGGCGAAAAGUGGAAGUACGUCAAUUUACUAUUCCAAAAUUCAAGAUUUCUUUUUCAUUUGAAGCUUCUAAUGUUCUGCACGAGUUGGGAAUGAGUUCACCUUUCUUUCUAACAAAAGUGGUAGAGGGAAUGAACCCUCCUUUGGGCGUGGAAAGCAUAAAUCACAAUGCUUUCGUUGAGGUAAAUGAGAAAGGCACCAUAGCUUCAGCAAACACUGUUAUGGUGGCAUUAAGAGGUAGUCGUCGUGCCACUCCUACGGACUUUGUAGCUGACCAUCCUUUCCUCUUCUUAAUCAGAGAAGAUUUCAGUGGAACAAUUCUCUUUAUUGGUCAGGUUCUCAAUCCUCUUGAUGGAGCAGAUGAACAUACCACACACAUAUACCGAAGAAAAUGAAGAUGAUGAUGAAAGUUAGCAAUCUCAUUAUCUAAUUAUUAUAUUUUGUGAUUAGGAAGGUUCAUGUUUAUCUUUAUUAUGCUGAUAUUGAAUUAUUACAUUAUUUUAU